GAAGCACACAAGUAACCGGUGCUCCUGGCCAAAGAACCGCUCAGUUCGGAUACUCAGCUGGGAUAGAUACAUCGACCCGGAGGGUUUGUACAUUCCCAGGCUAUCCGACAUGAUGUAUCAGGGCUUCGCCGCUGACUACGAUGCGUCUUCCUCACGCUGCAGCAGCGCUUCUCCGGCUGGGGACAGCCUCACCUACUAUCCAUCCCCAGCGGAUUCCUUCUCCAGCAUGGGCUCGCCUGUCAACGCACAGGACUUCUGCACCGACCUCUCGGCUUCCAGCGUCAACUUCGUCCCCACCGUGACCGCCAUCUCCACAAGCCCAGACUUGCAAUGGAUGGUCCAGCCCACCCUCAUCUCUUCGGUGGCUCCUUCCCAGAACCGAACCCACCCCUACGGUCUCCCUACUCCUUCCAGCGCCGCCUACUCCAGGGCUGGCAUGGUCAAGACUUCGGGAAGCAGAGGGCACAGCAUCGGCAGGAGGGGCAAAAUUGAACAGCUGUCGCCGGAGGAGGAGGAAAAAAGAAGGAUCCGGCGGGAGAGGAACAAGAUGGCAGCUGCUAAGUGCCGCAACCGGAGGAGGGAAUUGACGGACACCCUUCAAGCGGAGACCGACCUGCUGGAGGAGGAGAAGUCCUCGCUGCAGUCCGAGAUCGCCAACCUGCUCAAGGAGAAGGAGAAGCUGGAGUUCAUCCUGGCCGCCCACCGCCCCGCCUGCAAGAUCCCCGAGGAGCUGCAGUUCUCCGAGGAGCUGGCCGUCUCCUCGCUGGACCUGCUGGCCGACGGGGCCGGCUCGCCCGAGUCCGAGUGCGAGGCCUUCGCCCUGCCCAUGCUGCACGAGCCCAGCCAGGCCGAGCCGGCGAAGGAGGGCGGCGGCGGCGGCGGCGUGGAGCUCAAGGCCGAGCCCUUCGACGACUUCCUCUUCUCGCGCCCCGCCCGCGAGACGCCGCGCUCCGUGCCCGACGUGGACCUGUCCGCCUCGUCGUCCUUCUACGCCGCGGACUGGGAGCCCCUGGGGGCGGCGGCGGGCGGCGGCGGCGGCGCCGAGCUGGAGCCCCUGUGCACCCCGGUGGUGACCUGCACGCCCUGCCCCGCCACCUACACCACCUCCUUCGUCUUCACCUACCCGGAGACCGACGCCUUCCCCAGCUGCGCCGCCGCGCACAGGAAGGGCAGCAGCAGCAACGAGCCCUCCUCCGACUCGCUCAGCUCGCCCACCCUGCUGGCCUUGUGAGCC